AUGCGGGAGGUGAGGUCGAAGCCCAACGUCAUUCAGCUACAACACUGGGAUCAGCGCGUGCGCGAAGGGCGAGCAGUGGGAGCGGGCUUUGGCGUUGCUCAGCGAGAUAUGGCAGACGAAGCUGGAGCCCGACGCGCGCUCGUCAGCUACGCCGCUGGCAUCAGCGCGUGCGAGAAGGGCGAUCAGUGGCAGCGCGCCGGAGCGCUGCUCAGCGAGAUGCGAGAGGCACAGCUGGAGCCCGACGUCAUUCGGGCCGGACGACAGGGGGGAUUGGGAAAGGGGGGGGCACGAAAUCUGCUGCAUGCAGCUGGUUUCGGCCCCGCCGCCGGGCCCGUUCCUCGAUACAUGGGCGCCUCCCGGCGCCGGGAGGCGCUGGGAGAAUCAGCUACGUGA